UAAAAAAAAAAGUUGCCACAAAUGAAUUGUUCAUUAAAGCGUAGUAAAGAACAACAGUACUGUCUUUGUAUAAAUAUUUCGCAAUUGCGUAUUUUGUAAUGUUAGUUAAAGAUUAUUAUUAGUUAAAGAGAGUUUUGGAGAUUAAAUUAAAUAAAAAUUUUGUUCUAAAACCUGUGUCGCAGGUCGUACUGUCAAAAAAUAAAAUGGAAGUGGUUGUGUUGUGUUUAUGUGCAGUUGUGCUUAUUUGUUUAUUGGUGUUAAUAACUCUACUGAAACGAAAAUAUGAAAACGGUGCAACAGCGGACGAAGAACCAGCGGUCCAGGCACAGCCUCGGCGGGUUGUGGGCGCCCGCAACGCCAGAGCCGCCCGUCUGAGAGUGGGAGCGCGGCACGCCGGGGCGGCGGGCGCGGAUGGGGAUGCAGCCCCGGAGGAGGACGAAGACGAGGCGCGGCCGGAGCUGGAGCUCCCGGACAAGGUGGGCGCCAAGAAGCGCGCCAAGCUGGAGGCCAAGGCAGAGAAGAAGGCUCUCCGCGAGGUGGAGGAGCGGCUGCGCGAGGAGCGCAAGCAGCGGCAGCAGCAGGAGGACGAGGAGCGCCAGCGAGAGAGCGCGCUGCGCGAGGAGGAGGAGCGGCGGCAGGAGCAGGCGGAGCGCCAGGCCCGGGAGGAGCGCGAGAGGAAGGAGCUCGAGGAGUACCUCAAGAUGAAGGAGAUGUUCAGCGUGGAGGAGGAGGGCUGUGAGGAGACGGACGCGGAGCAGGACCAGGGGAGCCUGCUGCAGCAGUUCAUCACCUACAUCAAGACGUCCAAGGUGGUGUUGCUGGAGGACCUGGCCGCCCACUUCAAGCUGAAGACGCAGAGCAUCAUCGACCGCAUCCAGGACCUGCAGAGCGAGGGCGCACUCACAGGCGUCAUCGACGACCGGGGCAAGUUCAUCUACAUCUCGCCCGAGGAGCUCCAAGCAGUGGCGAGGUUCGUGAAGCAGCGCGGGAGAGUAUCGAUCAGCGAGCUGGCAGAGAGCAGCAACCAGCUGAUCAACCUGGAUGCCAGCAUCAACCAGCGCUCGUAGCGAGCAGUGAGCGCAGGGCCACGCUGCCCUUGUAAAUAAAUGUCAUUUUAUUUGUGAUACAGAGUUUUGUUAGACACAAAUUGAAAAAAAAAAAAAAAAAAAUUUCUGAAA